AUGGCCUCCCUCACCCUCCGCUUCACAACCCUCGACGUCUUCACCACCACCCCCUUCCUCGGCAACCCCCUCGCCGUCGUCUUCGUCCCCCCCUCCGCCCGCCCGCACCUCACCCAGUCCGCCAAGCAGCGUAUCGCCCGCGAAUUCAACCUCUCCGAGACCGUCUUCCUGCACAUCCUUCCCGGCGAUGACGACCCCCCGGAGAAGAAGCAGAGCCCUACUGAGGGAGAGGCUACCCGGGAGAUAGACAUCUUCACCAUAGAGAAAGAACUCCCCUUCGCCGGCCACCCGACCAUUGGCACAGCCUACCUGGUUCUCAAAACCCUCGGCUGGCGACACGUAACCACCCUUCUCACCAAAGCCGGACCGAUCCAUAUCCAGCUGGACAACGCCACCGGCGCCGUCCGCGCAGCGAUCCCCAGCGCAGUGCACAUCCACCGGCAAACCCUCGGCAACCUCCUCACUUCCCCACCAUUCACCAUAGCAGGUGCAGAGAAAGUCAAAGCGACCAUCGAAAGCGGCCUUUCCGCAGACGCUACCAUCCGCGCAGCGGAACUCACCGCCCCCAUCGUCAGUGUCGUGCGCGGCAUGACUUUUGUGUUGGUCCGGCUGCCUGGCCUAGCCGAUCUCGCGCGGGUUGAGACGGGGAACAGGAUCGAUUUCGCACCGCUUGUGGCUGAGAAGGGACUGUUGCUGGAUGAGGGGGAGUGGGGGGUGGGGUUUGUGUCGAGGUAUUAUUAUGUUCCUACCCCUGGGCCUGGUUCUGGCUCUGGUUCUGGUCCUGUUGCGGGAGAAGAGAAGGGCGAUGAGAGGGUCGCGCUGCGGACGAGAAUGGUAGAGUUGGGGUUUGAGGACCCUGCUACGGGGAGCGCGGCGAGUACGCUGGCGAGUUGGUUGACGAUCAGUGAAGGGAGGGAGAAGGGAUGUGGGUUUGAGAUUACGCAGGGCGUGGAGAUGGGGAGGAAGAGUGAUAUUGUGGUUGAUGUCGUGGCGGAGAGGGAUGGGGGGUCGGGAGAGGUGGUGGUGAAGGAGUUGUAUCUUGGGGGGUCGGCGGUGGUGGUUAUGAAUGGGAACAUCUCGAACGACCCACUUUUAUCUGCAAGGCUCCCGCCAAAAAGUUGGGAGCUCAGCGGCCUCGGAAUUCAGUCGCAUCAUCACCGAUCAAUACCGCAUCCGACAGACUUGCGCAGAGACUUCAGGAUGCUGUGCGGACUUUCAGGCGAGGUUCCCGAGGAGCCAGUGGUGUCGAGGAAGACAGGCACCGUCUUCGAAAAGCGCCUCAUCCUCAAAUACAUCGAAGAAAACGGCACCGAACCCAACACCACCGACGAGCUCGACCCGGAAGCCGACCUCCUCCCCCUCAAAACCAGCCGCGUCGUCCGCCCGCGCCCGCCCAACUUCACCUCGCUCCCGUCCCUGCUCAAGGCCUUCCAGGACGAGUGGGACGCCCUCGUGCUCGAGACCUACAAUACCCGCGAGCAGCUGGCCCGCACCCGCGAGGAGCUGGCCACCGCGCUGUACCAACACGAUGCGGCGGUGCGUGUUAUCGCGCGGUUGACCAAGGAGAGGGAUGAGGCGCGUGAUGCGUUGUCUAAGGUUACGAUUGCGCCAUCGGGGGGCGCCCCGGCCGGGGCGAAUGGGGAUGCCAUGGCGGUUGAUAGUCAGGGGCUGCCGGAGAGUUUGGUGGAGCACGUGCAGCAGACACAGCAAGAAUUGAUGAAAGGCCGCAAGAAGCGCCCAACCCCCCAAGGCUGGGCCAGCACCGACGACGUGGCCGCCCUGGAGCAGGUCUCCUACGCCGACCUCAGCGUGUCGCACGCGUCGUCGCUCGACACCGAGUCCGGGUACGCGGCGGUCGGCGGCCUGGACGGCAAGCUCGACAUCUACUCGGUGUACGCCAAGACGGUGGAGCGGUCGUUGGAUAUCGGCGAGCCCGUGACGGCGACUGUUUGGACCGGCAGCAAGGUCGUGUUGGCUACGUCCAAGGGGUCCGUCAAGGUGCUGGAGAAUGGGGCCGAGGCUGCCUCGUUCAACGUACAUGCUGGCGCGGUGACCGGGCUGGCGGUACAUCCGGGGGCUAGGAUUUUGGCCUCGGUGGGUGUGGAUAAGAGCUUUGUGUUUUACGAUUUGGAGACUCUGCAGCAUGUCUCGCGGGGGUACACCGAUGCCGCCCUCACGGCCUGCGCGUUCCACCCCGACGGCAACCUCUUCGGCGCCGGCACCCAAGCCGGCGACAUCAAGAUCUUCCAAACCGAAUCCGGCGUCCAGGCCGAGUCCUUCCACCUCGGCACCCCCGUGCAAUCCCUCGUCUUCUCCGAGAACGGUUUCUGGUUCGCCGCCUCCGGCAAGGGCCAGUCGACAACCACCAUCUUCGACCUACGCAAGUCGGGCCCCGCCGCCCAGGUCAAGGAGCUGCAGACGGGCGACGCCCAGGCCCUCGACUGGGACUACUCGGGCCAGUACCUCGCCACGGCCGGGUCGACGGGUGUCACGGUGCAGAUGUACCAGAAGAGUGCUAAGAAGUGGUCGGAGCCGUUGCGUACGAGCUCGCCGGCUGCGGCGCUGCGGUGGGGGGAGCAGGCGAGGUCGUUGGUUACGGUUAGUAAGGAGGGUGUGGUGUCGGUGUUGGGGGCGAAGGAGUAA